AUGUCUGCCAUAUCUCUUACGACGGCUGCUACGCUUUUUGCCGGCCCCGGUAAAGCGAGCAACUCGACACCAUCGAUUAAUACGCUCUCUGCCCAGCAUGCUCCGAAAGAUGGACCCAUUGAGGGUCUACUUUUCGUUCCCAGUCUCAACAGUCAUGACCCAUGCAACAACAUUACCGCCCCGUUCAUUCCAGCUAAUGUGACUCGGCAUCAAGACGUAACCUCAUUUGGAUAUCAUACUAUUGGCCUCGCACCGUGGUUAACGCCUAAUUGCAGCCAGUCAUUUUUGGACGCUGCCAGACGCGCAGGAAGCGAGGCCCUAAUGUUCUUUCUACCAGCUAGUGACGACACCAAACCACCGCCGCCAGCUGAUUCAACGUGGCUAUUGCAUGGUGAAUCGUCCUGGGAGAGUGAGAAUAUGUAUCCAGUCUACGCGAUUCCUGGUCCGGCAGGAAUCGCUCUUAUGAAGCAACUAUCAUGGUACUCAAACAAUAGGACGCUUCCACAAGAUCAGAGUAAUGAGUUCGUGGCGCUUUCGGAAUCCGAAUCGUGGAGGGUGCUGCUUUUUAGUGUCAUUGACCUGGAGAAACAUGGACGGAAAACACCGACUAUCUGGGGCUUCUUGUUAGCCAUCCUUGGGACUAUUCUAGUCAUCUGCCUGAUCCUUCUCCUUCUUUAUCAACUCUUGCAGAGACGACGCCGGGAAAUUCUACAGCGGCAGCUUGAAGCAAGCGCAGUGGAUCACCAACCGUAUGAUCUCCGACCUUUCAGGGUUCCGCGAGAGUUUCUCGCUAGGCUUCCACUAUAUGUCUAUCCAGGUCUAGACGGUUCUGACAGCCAUACCUCACACCUCGGCUCUGGCAGCUGCGAUAGCCGUGGUAGAGCUGAUGUGGUGGAAGGAGCCGCGACUGAACGGAUGGAAGCUGAGAAAGAGGACGCAGAAGCGGAAGCACAUAUGACGAAAUACGGCAGCUACCGACUGAGCCAUCCACAAACAAUAUGUGCCAUCUGCCUCGAUGACUUUAUCCCCGCUUCAUCCACCGUACGCGAGCUGCCGUGUGGCCACAUCUAUCAUCCCGAGUGUAUCGAUAUGUCUUUGACACAAAGUAGCAGUCUCUGCCCGCUCUGCAAGAAAAGUGUGCUCGAACCGGGAUGCUUUCCCAUAUCUAUUCCUGACGCUGUAUACGAGCGGGUUAGCAUGCGGGGUAUGUAG